CUCAGUCAUGGCUGGGAGAUAUUAAUCUUGAGAUGACAGAGGGUGGAAGAGGAAAGGAGAGCAGUGGUGAAACGGCUAUAUUACUUUCGACACAUCCCAUCUAUACAUUUCACCGUCUUAACAUAAUACAUCUCACACAAAUUUCUGUUCAGCCGCAACAACGACGAGUCCUACGAAGGACCCUAUCACCACGGAGCACGCUCUACGCCGCCGUCCAUCCAAUACUUGGAUUCCACCACCACUUUUGCUUCCGCAUUUCCAAGUCAUGAUGCCGGGAGAAGGUGCAAGCGAGCUGUCUCAGCACUAUGGCAGCAAGACCGCAGACGGAGAGCUCGUAAGGCGACCAAAUUCUCCGAUAAUACCUCAGUCACCCAGUCGGGCAUAUCAACCACGUCUCGCCUACUCCCCAGAACGUACACCCAUCAACGACCAGUAUACCACAGCCGAUCCAGACAGUUUUCGAGGAGCAGGAUUGAGACGAAGACCAAGUGGUGCAGUCCCAGGACGAAGUCAGUCUCAAGGGGAGUACGACAGAGAGCGUCUAAGUUUCACUGGGGAUAGUGGCUCAAGACGACCUCUGAGAUCUCGCGAUGAUGGAUACUACCGAGAAGAUGAUCGUGGAUACAGACGAGAUAACUACGAUGGCCAUCCAGAUUCAUAUGAACGGUCAAGGCCACCACGUUCCUACCGUAAUGUCGACACCUAUGACAGAGCUCCGGGCUCAGCAUCAAAACCAUACUUCGAAGAGUCCAGGACGGACCGAGAUUUGGAAAGAGGAGAAUGGAGUUCGGAAAGAAAGAGAAUCAGUGACGACGACAGCAUCGAUGGAUAUAACUACGACCAACAGAAAGGUUCAGGCCGGGCGACGAUUGACUUCAAGAAUCUCAGUCCUCAGGAGAAAGCGGAAGUGUUGAGACUUCCAUGGACGCAAUGGAUGAACAGCAACUUUAAGAAUCAUUUCGUAGCUACCAUUGGAGAAUUUGUCGGCACGACAAUGUUCCUAUUCUUCGCCUUUGCUGGUACUCAAGUAGCCAAUAUUCAAUCAACUGCUUCUAACGACUCUUCUUCUACCAGCGGUUCAACAUCCGGAGGUGCAACAGGUUUCAACGUCUCUGUCUACCUGUACAUCUCCAUUAUCUUCGGUUUCUCACUCAUGGUCAAUGUUUGGAUUUUCUUCCGUAUCUCGGGAGGACUGUUCAAUCCUGCCGUCACCCUGGGAAUGGUAUUGGUUGGAGCACUACCCAUCAUCAGAGCACUGUGUCUUUUCUUCGCUCAGAUUGCUGGCGGCAUUGCAGCUUCAGCUAUGGUAUUGGGACUAUUCCCAACUCCGCUUAAUGUCAGAACUACACUGGCUGGUGGUGCUAGUCUGGUACAAGGUGUCUUCAUUGAAGCUAUCCUAACAGCAGAAUUGGUCUUCACCAUCUUCAUGUUGGCGAAGGAGAAGCACAAGGCUACCUUCAUUGCUCCAGUUGGCAUUGGCCUAGCACUGUUCAUCGCUGAGAUGGUGGGUGUGUACUAUACCGGCGGUUCGCUCAAUCCUGCACGAAGUUUUGGACCUUGUGUUGUGACAGGCGUCUUUGACCACGAUCAUUGGAUCUACUGGGUUGGUCCAAUCGUCGGCACAUUCAUCGCUGUAUUCUUCUACAAGUUUAUCAAAAUGCUUGAGUACGAGAUGGCAAACCCAGGUCAAGAUGGAGACGCGGGGAAUGACCCCACGAAGAACAUGGAGAAGCGUGCGGAGGUCAUGCAGAGAAGAGAGACUAGACGAGGAGGUCGUCCUUUGAGCAGACACUCCCACUAAUAUCGGAAAGAAUAGAUGGGUUUCACGGACAUAUAGGAGGAGAAGCACCUGACUGAGGGUUUUGAUGACAGAUCUACGUUUAUGAUUCCACGUAUUAUGAUAAUGGUCGUUUCUUUGACUUGGAGCUUAAUCAGCAGGUAUGUCGGGAGUUGAAUUAUGUGUUAUGUG